AUGAAGGCCCUGGUCGGGGCCCGCUCUAUUGUUACCCGGCUUUCAAAUUAUUCAUGCGGGUGUUCAUCAGCAGAUGGAGUCAAAAUCCGAACAGUUCCCGUUCCCGAGAUCUCUGACAACGAAAUCCUCGUUCGCGUACGAUCCGUCGCUCUCAAUCCAACAGACUUCAAUUACGUCGACAUUCUAUCGCCACGACGGGCCAUCAUCGGCUGUGAUUACUCGGGAACGGUAGUGAGAGUCGGUGAUAAAGCGCCUGGAUAUUGGCAGGUUGGAGAUAGAGUAGCUGGCUUUAUCCAUGAAGGACUAUACACCGACAGGGGCUCCUUUGCAGAGUACCUCAAGAUUCCUGGCGAUCUCGCAUGGAACAUUCCUCCAUCUGUGAGCGAUGAGGAGGCAGCCACGCUUGGAUUUUCUGCUUUCACCGCCAUGUUGGCCUUGAAUGCUCGCCUAGGUGUUCAUUGGUCUGACAGAGGCAAGAGUCAAGGACGGGCAGCUACCCCGAUUCUCAUUCAUUCUGGCUCAACGUUCGCGAGUCUUUUUGCUAUUCAGCUUGCGAAGCUCGCGGGCCUGAAGGUUGUGACAACAGCACCGCUACAAUGCCACGACCUUGUGAAAGAGUACGGUGCGGAUGACGUGUUUGACUGUCGAUCACCAACUGCUAUCGAAGAUAUUAUUCAAGUCUACCCUAACAUUGAAAGGGCAUUGGACUGUUUGUCAGAGGGGGUUUCGACCGCGUUCUGUGCUGAUAUCGUGCGCAAGAAUCGGGGAUGGGUGGUGACAACGUUGGAUACGGGAAAGAGGGACCUGAAUGGGGUCCGAGUUGACUUUGUGCGGGCCUCCUCAGUCGUCAAUGCCGAGUUCCAGUGGCCACGGCCAUUUGGGCCCAAAUCCCGUACAGUGCCAUCCGACAACGAAGCUUUGUGCCGAUUCUAUGCCACAUUACCGGAACUUUCCCAGAAACUGAAGCCACCACCAUUGAAGACGGUCAAUGUUGGCUUAAACAGCAUGAGAGCAGCACUUGAUAUGCUUCGUCAAGGGAAGUUUUCGGGUACUAAGUUGGUUGCAAAUCUUGCAUGA